UUACUCAUAUGGUGUACAUUUGGAUUGUGGGUGUUUAAAUUUGGGUAGAUUCUGAUGGUCUGAUGUUGUUUGUUGCUAAUUUGGAGUGAAAUGUGUGGAAAAAUUGGAAGAUAUUGCUUAAGGAAAAAGAGGCUGGAUGAAGUUUGUCUUGAAAGAUUUCAGCAAUAUAGUCGAACCUAUAUACAGUCUUGGAUCAUACAAGGCAAAGUAAUUGUUGAUGGAAAAGUUGUAAAUAAGGCUGGAACGCAGAUUCCUGAGAAAGCAGUUGUAGAAAUGAAUGCGGAAAUCCCAAAAUAUGUAUGUAGGGGAGGGCACAAGUUAGAAGCAGCAAUUGAACAGCUAAAUGUUGAUGUUGCCCGAAAAGUAGCUCUAGAUGCAGGGUUGUCAAUUGGGGGAUUCACUGAAUAUGUAUAACAUGCAAAGUAAGGAUGUGGGUGAGCUUCUUGACAAUCCUACAGAGUACAGAUCUUUGGUCGGUGCUCAAAACUAUCAUACCCGGACAAGACCAGAACUCUCAUAUGCUGUGAAACUAGUUUGUCAACAUUUGAAGCAUCCUAGAGUUCCUCAUACAAUAACAACUAAAAGAAUCCUGAGGUAUGUCAAGGGUACUUUGGGUUUGGUCUGAACUUCACCUAAGGAUCUUCUUUUCUGCUAGGUUUCUCAGAUGCUGAUUGGGCUGCUUAUGUUGAUGACAGAAGAUCCAGUAGUGGAUACUGCGUUUUUCUGGGCUCAAAUAUCAUUUUCUGGUCUCCAAAAAAAAAAACCACUGUGGUCCAGUACUGAAGUAGGAUACAAGACAUCACCUAAUUGUGCUGCAUUAAAAUAAUUUGGAUUUGUUAUCAGUUGCAGGAUCUUUGUUUCUCUGUCUCUGGCAUUCCUAGACUUGGCUGGGAUAAUAUCAGUUCCAUCUCUCUUGCUUCAAGUCCAGUUACGCACAUAAGAAUGAAGCAUGAUUAUUUGGAUUAUCAUUUUAAAAGGGAAUUGGUACAGUCGAAUGAUCUUGAUCUAUUUUAUUUCAACUGUAUAAAUCAGAUUGCAGACAUCUUCACAAAGGAACUUCAUGGUCAAUGUGAUUGCUGCUCCCAUGAUCUUGUGGGGGAAUAUUGACAUAGAUGGUGCAUGCUGUAGUGUAGGUUCAGGAGUUACACCAGGCCAGGAUGCAUUUAGUUCACAGUUUCGGUUAUAAUCACGCAUGUCUUCUGUAAGAGAUGUUAUAACAUUUCCAUUCAUGAAUGCACACAGAAAAGGCUAAGAAAAAUGUUAAUAGUGGAAGCACAAUUACAAGCAAGAGACAAUGUUCAAGUGAUCAGAUACACGUCUUCUUAGGUUUUCUGGAAACAAAACAAACAGCAGAGCAUGAGGUUCAAUACAAAGAUGCUCCAUUCCUUCCAGAGUUAUGCUACAGAUAAGAGGUAUUCGGCUUUCUUUAGUCUCGUGUGCUCUGUGUAACUGGAAGAUGAUAGCCUCCUGUCACUUUUUAUUGCACUGUUUGAUUGCGUUGGUGAACAUCCAAUUUAGGUUAUUCUACUUCAUAAGUCUAAAAUGAAAUGCUACAACUGUGG